GAUUUCUUGUCAUCCUACCAUGUCAUUCAUCCGUACGUGUGCAAGGACGGCCUUAGCCGUUAGAGGUGCGCCUCUAGGACAAAGGCAUCUCUUGAUUCGAGGCGUUAGCAACGAGUCAACCCCAGCCACCAAGUCAGAGGAGUCGUCAGAAAUUGUAGCCCCCGCUCCUCCCCGAGAUGUCAUGGUUGCAGACGUUGUGAGUGGUGCUCCAGAGGAACUUCGUCACCGAGCAGUGCGGAUAUAUCAGCCCACUCGAAACACUAUGCAAAGCGGAGCGGCGAAAACUGAGCGCUGGCGUAUAGAUUUUGAUACCAUGUUAAGCGGUGGUCGUUGGGAGAACCCAUUGAUGGGUUGGGCUAGCUCGGCCGAUUACAUGCAAGGAACAAGGAUUUCAUUCAAGUCGAAGGAGGACGCUAUGCAUUUCGCAGAGAAGCAGGGAUGGGAUUAUUAUGUGCAGCCUCCUGCAACUAAGAGAGUCCCCCCCAAGAACUACAGCGAGAAUUACAAGUAUCAUCCGGGUCACCUUCGUAUUAUGAAGACCAAGUAAAGUUGCAAUCUGGUUACGGAAAUACACGUUCUUGUCUAUAUAUCGCCAUUUACUAGUGUCACUGUGCAUGUGUAUGCACUAAUGUGCACUUGGCGGCGACUCAGAUUCGAAAGAAAUUAGAUGAAAGAUAAAGAGUGACUGAUUCUAAUGAGAAGCAAGUAGCUAGUAUCUAUGCAUCCGUCUCGUAAGUGCUGUUAUUAUCCCAAUCCGGAUUAGUUCAACUCGUUGUCAAGGCCGUUCUAAGUAUACACUAGCGAAGACUAGCGAGCAAAGAAUGAAACUCGAGACAAGAAAUUGAACCCAGGUUUCUACUUGGUGUUAGCCUGGCGAGCCGGCUUUAUAGAUACUCGCGGUACUCGUUCA